AUGUCGGGCAGCGGCGGCGGCUGCAGCAACAGCAACAGCGCGGUGAAGAAGAGGAGCCCGGCGGGCUCGGCCUCCUCGCUGGCGCAGGAGGAGGAGAAGCAGGCGAUGGAGAAGAUGCUGGAGGUGGCGAGCGGUGCGGCUCAGGAGAACGGCUGCGCCCGCUCGCCAUCGCCCUGCGGCUCGGCCGAGGGUGAGGGGGUGACGCUGCAGCGCUCCAUCACGCUGCUCAACGGCGUGGCCAUCAUCGUGGGCACUAUCAUAGGGUCCGGCAUCUUCGUCACCCCUACCGGCGUGCUGCGGGAGGCCGGUUCGCCCGGUUUCUCGCUGGUGGUGUGGGCUGUCUGCGGGGCCUUCUCCAUCGUUGGUGCCCUCUGCUACGCUGAGCUGGGCACCACCAUCACCAAGUCCGGCGGCGACUACGCCUACAUGCUGGAGGUGUACGGCUCCCUCCCCGCCUUCCUCAAGCUCUGGAUAGAGCUGCUCAUCAUCCGGCCUUCCUCACAGUACAUCGUGGCUCUGGUCUUCGCUACCUACCUGCUCAAGCCCCUCUUCCCUACCUGCCCGGUGCCUGACGAGGCUGCCAAGCUGGUGGCUUGUCUGUGUGUCCUGCUCCUCACAGCAGUGAAUUGUUACAGUGUGAAAGCUGCUACUCGUGUUCAGGAUGCCUUUGCUGCAGCAAAGCUGCUGGCGCUGGCUCUGAUCAUCAUUCUUGGCUUCGUGCAGCUUGCGAAGGGUGAUGUGUCAAACCUGACUCCUCAGCACUCCUUCGAAGGCACAAAGGUUGAUGUGGGGAACAUUGUCUUAGCUCUGUACAGUGGUCUCUUUGCCUAUGGAGGAUGGAAUUACUUGAAUUUUGUUACAGAAGAGAUGAUCAAUCCUUACAGAAACCUGCCUCUGGCUAUCAUCAUCUCACUACCUGUGGUCACCUUGGUUUAUGUGCUGACAAACCUGGCUUACUUCACGACCCUGUCGACCGAGCAGAUGCUGACGUCCGAAGCCGUGGCUGUGGACUUUGGGAACUAUCACCUUGGUGUCAUGUCCUGGAUCAUUCCUGUCUUUGUUGGGUUGUCAUGCUUUGGAUCUGUUAAUGGAUCUCUCUUCACUUCUUCCCGGCUGUUCUUCGUGGGAUCCCGAGAAGGACACUUGCCUUCAAUCCUGUCUAUGAUUCACCCCAGGCUUCUCACUCCCAUGCCAUCCCUUGUCUUUACGUGCAUCAUGACCCUGCUCUAUGCCUUCUCCAACAACAUUUUCUCAGUCAUCAACUUCUUCAGCUUCUUCAACUGGCUCUGUGUGGCUCUGGCCAUCAUUGGCAUGAUGUGGCUGCGUUACAAGAAGCCAGAGCUGGAAAGGCCCAUCAAGGUGAACAUCUGCCUGCCCAUUUUCUUCAUCCUGGCCUGCUUGUUUCUCAUUGCUGUUUCCUUCUGGAUGACACCGAAGGAAUGCGCAAUCGGCUUUGCAAUCAUCUUCAGCGGGAUCCCAAUUUACUUCUUCGGGGUCUGGUGGCAAAACAAGCCCAAGUGGGUCCUCCAAGGCAUCUACUCUGCCACAGUCCUGUGCCAGAAACUGAUGGAAGUGGUUCCACAGGAAUCCUAA